CUUCCGUGUACAUCCGCCAGCCAAUCAAAUGUCUUAUACUCCAGUUUUUUGAACCUGAGCAUUUUAACCGUCAGGCGCGACAAAAUAAAUUGUCUGUGAGUCGGAGCGGAUUAGAUAAAACGUGUUCAAGCGACAAACUAAAUUUGUUUUUGGUUUUUUUAGGUAAAACACGGAGAAGAAAAAAAAUGGAAUUGGAUUCCAUGAAGUAUGCCGAAUUACGCAGUCUUGCGAAGGAGAUUGGGCUCAAAACCUCAAAACUGAAGGCUGAUAAGCUUCUGAAGGUGCUCAAGGAGCAUUUCCAGCAGCAGGGAGAUGUUGCAGUGGAGGGAGAUGAGACUGGCAUCGCUGCACAGGAUGACAUCAACUCAACCCAGGAAGUCAACAGUUCUUCACAGGUUGACGAUGAGCCUUUCCUAAAACAACAAGCUCAGGAGUUUGUUACCAAACGUCGCGGUAGAGGGCGACCGAAGAAGAGGAAAGAGCCUGAAGAUGAGGAAGAGAUCUUUGAGAAGCUGGUUGAACCCAGAAUCGGCCAAGGGAGUGUUAAGAGAAGGAAAACGUCUGCCGCUAAGGAUUCUGGGGUGGCAGCACCAGUGGAGGAGUCACAGAAAACCAAUGUUCAGACACAGCCCGAACCUGGCCACAAAGAUGCAGCCCCAGCAGUGACUUUUGAGAGAGGAGAUGGACAGAAGGUGGUGAAGCCAGUAGGAAAGAUCCCUCGCCACGAGGGGCUCCUGAAGAGGACUAAGUCGAUGCUGAAGCCUACGACACCAAACUUCAGAAAGCUCCACGAGGCACAUUUCAAGAGGAUGGAGUCAAUCGAUUCGUACGUGGAAAGGAAGACCAAGCAAGUUGAUUUGUUCAGAAGUUCCGUGAAGGAACUGAAGGUUCUCUCCGAUAAGACUCUUUCUCACCCGACUGAAGGGAAAACCCCAGGGAUGUCGAGCUGUGCCUCCCUGUUCAGCCCAGCAUCCCAGAGACCUGCCACAGACCAACGCAGACAGACCCGAUUCUCAGGCAUCAAAUCUGCCACUGAUAAAAGUAGACACUCAGCCAGUAAGCCAGCUACAGACAAACGCAGACAGACCCGGGUCUCAGCCAUCAAAUCUGCCACUGAUAAAAGUAGACUCUCAGCCAGUAAGCCAGCUACAGACAAACGCAGACAGACCUGGGUCUCUGGCACCAACUCCCCUCAGGACACUGUUGUUCCAUUCAGACCCACAGUCCUGUCCACUUGCAGGAUCAAUGUUCGGUUCUCUCAGGCUACUCAGGAUAAUGAGCACAAGAGGUCCAUGGUCAAGACACCAGCGCGCGCGUCAACCCGUGUGGAGCUCGUCACUCCUGGGAAAGAGACUAAAGUUGUCGGGAAACGUGAAGUCAACAAGCCUUCUGUUUCCUCAGGAACAGCAUUUGUGUUCAAUGCAAACACCAGUGUUCUUUCUAACACUCCUGGAACCAACAAGGCCAACUUUGAUCUGAAGGCCAGUCUCUCUAAGCCUCUCACCUACAAGCCUCACAAGGGGAAGCUGAAGCCUUAUGGAGAGACCAAGGAGAACACAGCUGACCAGUCUCAGAUUGUUUUUUCACACCAGAAGAACUACAAACAGCACCCGGUUCAGACAAGGGAGGAAAGGAGGACAAAACAGACUGAAGACAGGAAGCAGAAGAAAGUGAACAUGCUUGGAGCCAGACGAGGCCUCGUCAUGACCUAAUUAUUGUCAUUCCCCCCCACUCUUCUGUAAAGAUUAGAGCCUGUUUUUACUGCGGCUGUCCUCUGUACUCUUCUAACCUGUUAUGAUUGUUCAAUUUUACUCUGUAGUUCCUCAAACAACUUCACUAUUACAAUGUUAUGUACUUUAUUGUUCACAUUAACAUGUUAAAUAUUUUGGUCAUCUGUAAUUCACAUGUUUUACAGUGCGUAUAAGGUGUUGUACUUUUUCCAGAAUUGUAAAUACAUGUAGUAAAUUUGGCAUUUCCUGAA